GUCGAUGAGUGGUGAAUUGAGUAAGCUCAGUCGCAAUUAGUUAUCUAUAUUUAUAAAUUAUUUAUAUUCUUGUUCUGAUACGUUUAUUUUGCAACAUUGGGGCGAUACAUGUAUAGGAAAAAAAUUAUCUGUAAAACUUUUAAUCGUGUCAAUUAACUAUAUCGCCUGGUUAAUAGAGAAGUGCAUCUGUAAAUUUAUGAAUGUAGGUGCGCGCAACUGAGAUGUGAGCAGUUGCGGCGCGAACAGCGUGAUUGUGAGGCAGCGCGCCGGCAUGGCGUGGCACGCGCUCGUGGCCUGCGCCCUCGGGCUGCUGGCGCCGGCCCGAGCCACCGUCGUCGUAUACACCAUGGACAUACCGCACACAAUAGUGGACGAAUUCAGCGACCAGCCGGCGGCGUUCGGCGCCAAGCUGCCGGACGACGGGCUGCGCGGGCUGCUGGUGCGCGCCGAGCCGGCCGACGGCUGCGCGCCGCUCGCGCGCCCGCCGCCCGCCGACAACUUCACCGACAAGUGGAUCGUGCUCAUAGCCAGGUAUAACUGUACCUUCGAGGUGAAAAUCCGCAACGCGCAAGCGGCGGGUUUCGACUGCGCCAUCGUGCACAACGUCAAUUCCAGUGAACUCGAUACUAUGACCACGAAGCACCCGGCCGGCAUCGACAUCCCGUCCGUGUUCGUGAGCGACAUCGCCGGCCUCGCACUCGGCGAGUCCUACCUCUACAAUUACGGCUACUAUAUAAUGGUGAACGGCGCGCCCUUCGACAUCAACACGCAGCUGCUGCUGCCCUUCGCCAUCGUCGUGGCCAUCUGCCUCUUCAUCAUGAUCGGGUUGAUGAUCGCGAAGUGCGUCCGCGACCGUCAGCACGCGCGGCGGCGUCGGCUUCCGGCGCGCGCGCUGCGCAAGAUCCCCACGUGCAAGUUCAGCAAGGGCGAUCCCUACGACACCUGCGCCAUCUGCCUCGACGACUACGUCGAGGGCGAGCGCCUGCGCGUGCUGCCCUGCGCACACGCGUACCACGCGAAGUGCAUCGACCCGUGGCUGACGCAGAGCCGGCGCGUGUGCCCGGUGUGCAAGCGGCGCGUGUUCGCGGCCGGCGAGCGCCGCGCGCCGCUCUCCGACUCCGACAGCGACGACUCGCGCGAGCCGCUCGUCACCAACACCCCCGAGCCCACACAGGGCGGCACGUUCGAGCCGCAGCGAGAGAACCCGUUCGUGCGCGCCGCGCGCUUCGUGACGCGCGCGCGCCGCUCGCAGCCGCAGAACGAGGAACAGCCAGACGAAGAAAACAAUACAGUGAGACCAGACGUUGAAAAUGGACAAAACGAUGACACGGAGCCUCUGAUUCAACCAUCGACCCCUGCAGACGGGCAAAGCACAUGGUACCUGUCUCGGUCCCGGCGCUCGCGACGCGCCCGCGCCGCCGCCGCCGCCGCGCCGCCCGCCGCGCCGCCCGCCGCGCCGCCCGCCGAGCCGGCCGCCGCGCCCGAGCCGCCCGCGCCCACGCCUGCGCCCGCGGCCACGCCGGCGCCGGCGCCGCUGCUGCACGCCGCCGAGCACUCCAUCAACAACGAGUCGCAGAGCCGCGGCGAAAUCGGCGUCGCGGCCCUGCCCGCCCCACAAAACCCGCCCUCACAUAUUCAUUUAUGAAUUACUUAAUUUGCCUAUUAUGUGCAAUAAAACAAAUUCUUGUUAAAUAUAUGAACGUCGAAAAUCAAUUAGCGAUUGUUAGGCCUCAAAUGUCGUUCAACGUGACACGACAAUGUACGACUCCGGUUUAAUGAUGUUAUCCUAUAUAUAUUUAAAUGGGUAUUUAGUUUGGUUUUCUAUAUCUUUAAAGACGAUUCCCGAUUUAUCCUCAUAUUUUCAAUUUAGGCUUACUUUACAAUAUCACUAUAUUUUGACUACAUUCUCUUUUGUCAUAAUACCUGCAGCUGUUUAUGUAAUUAUAUUCCGUUCCUUUUCAUCAUUUAUUUCGAUUUGAAUACCAGAUAAUUAUUAAUUAGGAUAUUGUAGUAUUGAUAUAAACCAUUUUUGUGACGCAAUUAAAAUCCCCAGAAUUAAAUAUGCUCAAUAAAAAAACCGUCCUCCAGUAGUGGAGUCUGCACGACCCCGCCUCCUGCCUCGGUGCGAGUCCAUAGGUUUGACCCUCAUCAAAAAUAAUCCACGUCGAAAAUACAAGAUUACAUGAAGAGAAACACAGUGUUCAUUGUCCUAUUGUGGUGUAAUAAAAUGAGGAUAGCAAUUAUUACGUAUUAUAAUAUGUUUAAACAUUGACACUAUAACAGGGCAGGUCGGGGCAAAAGUAAAUAUUCAGUGGCAUAUCAAGACACCAGAAUGUUUUCGUCAAGAAACACCAAAUGGUUUGGCCUACUAGAAGCGACGCGGCCGCUAUACUUCAGAGUAAAUAAACACGAAAUAAUAGCAUCAGAUGCUGGCACCAACAAUGGAAGAAAUAUUCGCUUUAUCUUUAGGAACCGCUGCGUCAUGUUAAUAAUGAACAAAUAGUAUUAAAUAAUGAUAAACAAUAUGUAAUUUGAAAGCAAUAUUAAUUUCAAUAGUUGUGUUGCCCUCAGCUAUCUUGGAUUGGAUGUCACUUUUGCUGGAGCAAGUCACCGCCUGCCG